UUGGUGAUACAGUUCCAAUUCCUAUAUCCUAUUCCGUAUCAGUUGUGCUGAAGAAAUGGCGGACAAAGACGAAACGGAGAAGACUAUCGCCGAAGACUUGGUUGUUACCAAGUAUAAAAUGGCUGGCGCUAUUGUAAACCAGGUCCUAAAACAGGUCCUGGAGAAAUGUGUUGCCGGUGCUUCAGUCAGAGAAACCUGUGAAUAUGGUGAUAAAUUAUUACUUGAAGAAACCAACAAAGUUUUUAAAAAAGAAAAAGAAUUAAAGAAAGGGAUUGCAUUUCCAACGUGUAUAUCGGUCAACAAUUGCAUUUGUCACUUCUCUCCCAUUGCUAGUGAGCCAGACCUUAUUUUAAAAGAAGAUGAUAUGGUUAAAGUUGAUUUAGGUGCACAUGUAGAUGGUUUCAUUGCUGUUGUGGCGCAUACGAUUGUUAUUGGAUCUUCUCCAGAGAAAAAAGUCACUGGAAGAAAAGCUGACGUAGCAUUAGCUGCUCAUUUUGCUUCUCAAGCUGCUUUAAGACUCCUAAAACCUGGAACAGAGACCUAUUCCAUAACAGGAACAGUUGAAAAAAUAUGUGAAGCAUAUAAAUGUAAACCGAUUGAAGGAAUGUUGAGCCAUCAAUUAAAGCAAUUUAAAAUUGAUGGUGAAAAAACAAUCAUUCAAAAUCCUAAUGAUGCACAAAAAAAAGAACAUGAAAAAUACACAUUGGAAACUCAUGAAGUGUAUGCAAUGGAUGUAUUAGUCAGCACUGGUGAGGCUGUUGGCCGUGAGCAGGAUACCCGUGUCACUAUUUACAAGAAGACAGAAGAGACGUAUCAAUUAAAAUUGAAAGCUUCCCGCAUGUUUUAUUCCGAAGUCACACACAAACAUGGACUCAUGCCAUUUAACUUACGCACCUUUGAAGAUGAGAAAAAAGCAAAAAUGGCUGUGGUUGAGUGCGUCAAUCAUAGAUUAAUUGAACCGUUUCAAGUUUUAUACGAAAAACCCAAUGAAUUUGUGGCACAGUUUAAAUUUACAGUAUUGUUAAUGCCAACUGGGCCUCAUAAAAUUACAGGCUUGCCAUUUGAAAUUGAUUCAUUCCAAUCGGAUUGUGUAGUAAAUGAUCCAGAGUUGAAGAUGCUCCUUAAUUCAUCCGCAAACCCUAAAUCAGCAAAAAAGAAGAAGAAGAAGGCGGAAAAAGCUGUCGUUGAAGCUGCUAUGGAAGUAGAUGCUAAAGCUUAACACAGCCUAUUUCAUUAUACGCCCAUGACUUAUUGACAUCGUGCACGCUCAUUCUCUUACAAUUCAAUUGGAGCAAAGAGUAAUACUUUCGUAGAACUUUUCACGCAAGAGCCUUAUAACAAAUAUUACCCUCAUGGGCGCGUAUAGUGGCAGACAUUAACGCUCUAGCACUGCCACAUAUAUUUUUCUUUUAAAAAAAUUAUCAUAAUGAAUCGUGCUAUGCGUGUAUUUGUCCACGGAAGUGUCAAGAUUAACUCUGUAUUAAUAUUUGCUAUUCAUUAUCUUCAUUAUGAUCAUCCAACACUUAAUUAUUCUUUUUUUAUACCUACCAGCGUCUCUCAACUUGUCGCAGUGGUAUCGUUCUUGUACAUUAAUAAGAAUUAUGAGACCUUUUGGAAUGAUUGCUGUUUUACAGUUAAUCAGUUAUUAUCACAGUCGUUAUUAAUUUUGUGUGUACAUGUAAUAGGCUUUUUUAUGCCUCCAUUAAUUGUUUAUAUUAGAUUUGGUAUUUCUUAAGUUCUUUCUCAAGAGAAUUCUAAAAUUACUUGUGUGAUUUAAAAAUUGAAAUAACAAAACGAUGGUCUAGCGUUUAGUUUUGAGAUGCAUUGAUGCAAUCAUAAAAAUUGACCUUAUAUUGUAAAAACAGAGUGUUGACUUUAGGAGUAUUCAUAAAAAAAAAGAAAAAGAAAACAAAUUAAAAGGCUACAGAUUACUUCGUUUAUAUAAAUCCCAACCACAUGAUCAAUAAUUCAAUUACUAAUAGUAGAAGUAAAACAAUAUAUAAUAAAAAUAUUAAUAAUGAUUUUAUUCAUAUUAAUUAUGAUAGCAAGUCCUCUAAGGUUUGAUAAUAAUGAAUUGGUGAAUACAUUUUUGACAACAGACCUACAGAGGCUAUACACAAAUGAUUAUUGUGUAAUCAUAAUUUUAUAUAAAGUCAAUAGAAUUAUAUAUCUGUUAUAGAUAUUUUUUCUACUAAAAUUAUUGUGCAUAUGAUGUCGAAUGUUAAUAAGUGUAGUUGUAAAAUGAAUUUAUUCAAUGACAUUGAAUUGUCAAACAAAAAAAAAUCUUCGCGUAUCAAAAUUGUGCAAAUUGUUUUUAACGAAAAAGAAAAAUUUUUUACAAAAAGUUUAGACAUCAUCCACACAAAUGAUCUUGAUCCACUCAUGAGUCAAUUAAUAAUCGAAAUAUCCAAUAACAAUAUUUGAAAACUGUUCAUUAACAAUAAAGUAAAUGAAAUGAAUUCAUUCAUGCCGACGAAA